GAAAUUGCAGACCAAGAAUUAGCAGAAGCCAUUCAAAAAUCAGCUGAGGAUGCAGAGCGUCAGAAGCCAUGAUGCAUGUAGUGUGUGUGUGCUGCAGCUGGAGUGGGCCCAGACCAGAGAAAAGCAGUAAAGAAUCUACCUCACUGGGAACGCCAUCAUUGCUGACUUCAGAAGGACUCAACCAUCCAGCUCCUUCAGGGCACAGUCCUGAGGUUGGUAGCCCUACGAGUCUCGCUCGCUCUGUCUCUGCUUCUGUCUGCGCCAUCAAGCCCAGUGACCCCAAUAGCAUUGGAUCUCCAGCUGUGGAGGCGACAAAGGCUUCAGCUGAAUUCCAGACAAACUCUAAGAAAACAGACCCUCCUCUGCAGGUCCUCCCUGAUCUCGCUUCCUCGGCAGAACGGAGUCUGGCUAUGCCUUUGCAUAAUUCAUCAGACGAAGCAUUUGUUACAGGUAAUCUGGAGAAAUCUGCUGAAAAAAGAACCCAGGGCCUCAGAGUUUAUCUCCACACAAGACAGGAUGCUAGUUUAUCUCUCACAACUACUAUGACGCAUGAGCCACAGAUAUUUGUGGAGGAAAAGAGUUGGCAUCCAGAAAAUCAGAACUCAAGUCAAGUGAACGGCCUUCAGCAGCACAGAGAAACAGAGCGUGUGCAGAGUGAGGCUGGAGCCCAGAGUGUUCCACGUGACCGGGAGUGUCUCUGUCACACAGAAGACCUUGAGCUUCAGGAAGAAGCUGUCCGUUGGGAAGCUGUGAUGAAAGGCAGUGGGGCACUACUGAGCACCGCUCAUCUUCUCAGUGCAGAGGAAGGUCUUCCAGCUCCAGGGCGCUGUAGCUGCUCCUGCUCAGAAGCCCUGAUGGAGGUGGAUUCAGCUGAACAGUCUCCAGUCGCUAGCUGCAACUCCACAGGCAGGCACGUCAUCUCGAGCCCUGGUGUGUCACAUCUCACUUCAGAGCAUCCCUCUAUGGAAGUAGAAACAUCACAGUGUAACCUCUCCUGUGAAUGUGUGGAACAUUCCAUCUUGACUCGGGAUUUGCAGCUCCCAGAUAAUGUUGAAAUGUCUACAAUGGAUAACAAAGAUGACCGCUCCUCUUCCCCUCUCAGUGGCCAUGGUCAGCCCUCUCUGGAGUCAGCAGAAGAAUUUUGUUCAUCUGUCACAGUGGCCUUGAAAGAACUACAUGAGCUUUUGGUCAUUAGCUGUAAGCCAGCUUCAGAAGACUCACAUGAGGACAUCACCUGUCAGUCAGAAAUAGCAGCUGAGAGCCAAACAAGCAUUUCAGACCUUACAGGCAGGAGUGCCCAAAGUGAGCAUCUGACCCCUAGUGACCAGCACCCACAAGUCUCCUGUCCCCAGGCCACCUCUGAGUCAGAAAAGACAGAAAUCUUAGGAGCUGCACCCCAUGCUGCGGGAGAGGAUGAUACAUCCACUGGCUUUGGAGGUCUAGGUGAUGGCUUGUCACCUGGCCAAGAAGGCCUCCCCAGAUCAACAGAGCCAGUCAGGAAGAGCUGUUCUGUCGCCAUGACUUCGGCUAAACUGUCUGAGCAGUUGCCCUGCACCUCAGUUGUGGAGAGCUCACUGGAGCUUGCAGCAGGUGAGGAGGGGGCCCACAGUCAGCCUUCUGAGCAUGUGCAGAAUCCGGGCCCAGACAGGCCCGAGACCAGCACUGUCUGCCCCGGAGCUGUGUUGCCCUUCGGUGGAUUGGACCAACCUACCACACAGUCCUUGUCCACUCCCUCCACUCUUCCACCCUUUGUCUUUCCUGCUGCAGAUGUGGACAGGAUUCUUGGUGCCGGCUUCACUCUGCAGGAAGCUCUCGGGGCUUUGCAUCGAGUUGGUGGGAACGCAGACCUUGCACUUCUUGUUUUGUUAGCAAAGAACAUUGUAGUCCCUACAUAAUUGUGGGAAAGUGGGCUAGGCCGAGUCUCAUUCCUUUUGAAAAAGCCCUUUUCACACAAAUAUGCUCAAUACACAUUCUCUCUCUCUCUCUCUCUCUCUCUCUCUCUCUCUCUCUCUCUCAUACACACACAAUAUGUGUAGAAAAUCUGCAAGCAAAAUGUUGAGCCAGAUUUUUUUUCCGGCCAAAGUAAUUUAUGAUCUUUUGUCUGAUGAAUUUGUCUAUCCUACUUGUUAAAUUUUGGGCCUUUUAAUUGUAUUGGCAGUGUGUGCAUACAAAAGCUUUUUAUUCUCAUUAAGAUGAUGUAUUCUGGAAUAAAGCGGAUGGUUUUGUGUAUAGCACACCAUUUUAGAAUGAGUGAAUGCUUUGAAAGCAGGAGUCAGGAGCCUGCCUGCCACCUAUGGAGCUAGGACAGAUGAGCUGCCCGUGUGGCUCUGGCUGUGCUGUGUGCAGGUAUGGCCUGUAACAGGAAGCUGGAGAAGUAACUUUAGAGUUGUAUGUUUUACGGAGAAGGGAAUAACUUCCAGAGUUGUAUGUUUUGAUUUGUGUGCUCAGGGUUGACAUUUAAAUAGGGUGAGUGGGAGGGCUUAAACCUUGGGCUGUCUUGUGCAUCAUAGGCUGCUUCGUGGACUGAUUGCCAAAUACUUUCAUGACCAUGGGUAGGGCGUGGGGAAAUUCACAUGAGAGUGAAACUUGGUGCUACUUGUAUUUAAAAAGGGAAGGGGAAACCGUGGUCGUAAUUCCAUUUGUAAGUGUCAAGGACUGUGAGUUAAAGAUAAUGGCUUAGACAAACAUGGGCGUGUACUAGAGACAGGGUUGAGGUAUCUCACACCCUCGGCAGUGAUCGGGGUUUGACCACCAGGAACCUGCUGGCUGUGCAAACUCAUCUGCUAAGACGUUGUUCCCAUGUUCAGUCGAGCCAUGUGAGACAGCACUGGAGAACCUUUGUCCCUGUCCUCUCAGUGCAUGGACCGAGAGUCCAUGAGCGUCCCUCGUGGCAGUGGAAAAACAAUGGAAGUUCUGACAACAGUGGCCUUGGUACAGUCUUCAUCCCUUUCUUUCCUCAGGAGUUUCUUUUCUCAGCAGGAUCCAUGUUUGUGUUCAUCGAGCUGAGCUGGAGUGGGGCAGAAUGUGUAGCUGUGUAUUGUGGCCUUUUUAGUGUCAGCUCUCGCCUUGCAAGUCGCUGUCCCAUGGGCCCCACUGUGCAAUAAUCACUCCAGAUAGGUUUGCGAGCAUCCUCUCCUGGAACAGUAACUGUUGUCUGAGGUGUCUGACAGGAAUCCCGAAUCUUGCUCUUCUUGAAAAGGAUUUUGAGGAUAGUUCCUGGUUCUGGAAUGAGAGUUUGCAGUCAUUAAAAUGAAAGUGUUGAAA